CCAUCCCUCACAGUCAUCUUUCAAAAACUCUCAACAAAACUUGUUACUUUUUAUUAAAAUAUGGCUCAUUUGGUUUAUGGUGAAACUCCAUCUUUUGGAAACUCAACCCAUGGACAAGGUCAACAACUUGUUCCAUUUCCAACCACUUCAACUUCCUUAAGGAUCCUUCUCUUACAUGGCAACUUAGAAAUUUGCAUCCAAGAGGCCAAAAACCUUCCUAACAUGGACACUUUUCACAAGAACUUGGGGGCAAUGCUUUCAAUCCUACCUAAGAAACUUGGUAACAAAAUGAACCAAACCAGUGAUCCAUAUGUCACAGUUUCUGUGGCUGGUGCUGUGAUUGCUAGAACUUCUGUGAUCAGAAAUGAUGAGAACCCUGUUUGGAUGCAACAUUUUAAUGUACCUGUUGCACAUCAAGCAUCAGAGAUUCACUUUGUUGUAAAAGACAGUGAUAUUGUUGGUUCACAGCUUAUUGGUGCAGUUGGAAUUCCAGUUGAAAAGUUAUGUGAUGGUGCAAAAGUUGAAGGCUUUUUCCCCAUUCUUAAUACUAAUGGAAAACCCUUCAAGACCGAAACCGUUUUGAGCUUAUCAAUUCAGUAUACUCCUAUUGAUAAGAUAACGCUUUAUAGCAAUGGUGUUGGUUCUGAUUAUCAAGGCGUUCCUGCUACAUAUUUUCCACUUAGAAAAGGUGGAAAAGUUACACUUUAUCAAGAUGCUCAUGUUCCACAAGGUUGUCUUCCUGGUUUGAGGGUUGAUGGUGGUGAUCAUGAUGUUAUUUAUGAGAGUGGAAAUUGUUGGCAAGAUAUCUUUGAUGCAAUAAGUCAGGCUCGUCGAUUGGUCUAUAUUGUUGGUUGGUCCGUGUACUACAAUGUUAGUCUCAUUAGGGAUACUAGAGAUGGAAAAGAUUGUACAUUAGGUGAUCUUCUCAAAGCUAAAUCACAAGAAGGUGUGAGAGUGCUUCUACUUGUGUGGGAUGAUCCUACUUCUAAAAGCAUGUUUGGAUAUAAAACGGUUGGACUUAUGAACACUUAUGACGAGGAAACUCGCAGUUUUUUCAAGCACUCUUCAGUUAAGGUGCUUCUUUGCCCAAGAUCUGGAGGAAAAGGACAUAGCUGGCUCAAACAGCAGGAAGCUGGAACAAUCUAUACUCAUCACCAGAAGACAGUCAUUGUGGAUGCUGAUGCUGGUCAGCAUAAAAGAAAGAUUGUAGCUUUCAUCGGAGGCCUUGAUUUAUGUCUCGGAAGAUAUGAUACUCCAGCGCAUUCUCUCUUUAGGACUUUGCAGACAACACACAAAGAUGACUUUCAUAAUCCUAACUACGAGGGUUCUGUUACCGGUUGUCCAAGACAACCAUGGCAUGAUUUGCAUUCCAAAGUUGAUGGUCCUGCUGCCUAUGACAUCCUCACCAAUUUUGAGGAGCGUUGGUUGAUGGCAUUAAAAAUGACUACACUUCAAAAGAUGAAAACUUCACAUGAUGAUUCAUUACUGAAAAUUGAUAGAAUCUCUGACAUUGUUGGCAUUGAUGAAGUACCUUUCCAUGAUGAACAUAACAAGGAGAAUUGGAAUGUUCAGAUCUUCCGUUCGAUUGAUUCCAAUUCUGUGAAAGGAUUUCCAAAAGAACCGAAAGAGGCUAUACAAAGGAACUUGGUUUGUGGAAAGAAUGUAAUGAUAGACAUGAGCAUACAUUCUGCAUAUGUCAAGGCAAUCAGAGCAGCACAAAAGUUCAUUUAUAUUGAGAAUCAAUAUUUUCUUGGCUCAUCAUAUAAUUGGGAUUCUUACAAAGACCUCGGUGCAAACAAUUUAAUUCCAAUGGAAAUUGCUCUAAAGAUAGCAAACAAAAUCAAACACAAAGAGAGAUUCUGUGUGUAUAUUGUGAUUCCUAUGUGGCCUGAAGGUGUACCCUCAAGUACAGCUACUCAGCGGAUUCUCUUUUGGCAGUUCAAGACAAUGCAAAUGAUGUAUGGAACAAUUUACAAGGCAUUAGAGGAGGCUGGACUUGAAAAUGAGUAUGAACCACAGGAUUACUUGAAUUUCUUUUGCCUUGGCAAUCGCGAGCUUUCAGAUAAUGAAAAUAUUUCAAAUGGUGUAAAAUCUAAUGGAAAAAACACUCCUCAGGCACUUACUAAAAAGAACAGAAGAUUUAUGAUAUAUGUUCAUUCAAAAGGAAUGAUAGUGGAUGAUGAAUAUGUGUUAAUGGGAUCUGCCAACAUAAACCAGAGGUCAAUGGAAGGCACUAGAGACACAGAAAUUGCAAUGGCAGCAUAUCAGCCUAAUCAUACUUGGGCAACCAAGAAAUCCAACCCUCAUGGCCAGGUACAUGGUUAUAGAAUGUCACUAUGGAGUGAGCACAUAGGAGGUGUGGAAGAAUGUUUCAAGCAACCAGAGAGCAUUGAAUGUGUGAGAAGAAUAAGGUCAUUGAGUGAGUAUAACUGGAGACAAUAUGUGGCUGAUGAAGUAACUGAAAUGAAUGGUCAUUUACUGAAAUAUCCACUUGAGGUUGAUUCAAAGGGUAUUGUGAAGCCUCUUGUUGGCUGUGAAACAUUUCCUUGUUGGUGGAAACAUAAAGGGCACCUUUACUGUACUUCAAGAAAAUCUCACCAUCUAAACAUUUUCAUCCAUUUCAUUUUACUUCUCAAACUUUGUCAACAGCUAGUUUACAAGUUACUUAGGAUUUUCUUCCAUUCAAUUGGAGUACUAAGGAUUGAACUUAUUGCUUUUAAGUAUGGCUUUACCCCAAUUGCUUUAAAUUUUAUCCAAGAUAGUUUUUUUGUUUUGUUUUGUGUAAGGUACAAACCCUCCGAAUUCUUAGGAGAAAGAGUCUAUGAUAAUCUGGAGUUUAGUUAGAAGGUGAGUAAACUCUGAUCAAUAAUCUUCCAUUUA